UACAACCCUUUUACAAGAAACUGCUUUUGCUUUAUAUCUUUGCUUCAUUUCAAGCUCCAUCAUUUCCAACUUUGUUGUUUGGCGAGGAAAAUUUUUGCAUUGGUUCAUCAUGCUUGAAGGAAAGGCUGUGAUUGGUGAGACUGACAUGCUUCAGACCAUGCAGCAAGAUGCCAUGGAUUUAGCUUCCAAAGCACUUGAUGUCUUUGAUGUCACUGAAGCCAUUGAGAUUGCCAGAUUUAUAAAGAAGGAAUUUGACAGGAUGCAUGGACUUGGUUGGCAGUGUAUUGUAGGCACUGAUUUUGGUUCAUUUGUGACCCACUGUUGUGGCUGUUUCAUCUAUUUCUGUUUAGGUAACUUAGCCAUUUUGCUCUUCAGGGGCUCAGCUUCUCCAGAGGCACAUGAAAAUCAAUUCUCAGUUCUAGAGGCUGCAGCCAAAGCAUAAUUAAUUAAUUUAAUUGCUUAAUUUUCCCUUUCUUUAGAUACUUUUGUAUUUUUGUUCAUUCCAUGUAAUGAUAAUUGAUGUAGGAAGAAAUGGAAGGUUCUAGAGA